AUGGGGAGGACGCAAGAUGAUGCCGUACCAGGUGUCACAUCUAUAAGGAAGGGCCAGCCAGCCCUGGCGUAUGCACUACAAGGACUUACCACAAAACCAUCACUCGAAAGGGAAGACUCAUGGACACCAGAAAACUCGGCGAAUACAUCAGAUGUGGACGGUACAAGUCAGUCGGAACGUCAUGGUUUUAAUGUUCAAAGUCGAAGUACAACCGUCAUUCCAUCAGACGAAAGCGACUCAGAGGCGCAAACGGGAGAAAAAGGGGGCAGUCGGAGAAAGAGCAUACAGGUUGUUAUCGAGGAAGAUAAGAAGGGCGACUACACCUUUACCACCAAGGACCCCCUCUUCAAAGAUAUUCUACGAACAGGAUUGCAACAAGAAGCAGACAAGCUCAGCGGAAAAUCGAGAUAUAAGCCACGACAUUUGAUUUUUACACAACAAUUCACUGCAUUCGACCGGCAGAAUGCGACGGCCGCACAAUCGCCAUUCCAUGGAUUCUUCACACUAUUCUGGCUUGCGAUGUUCCUAUUGCUAGCCAGGAUUGCGGCGUGGAAUUAUCGGAGCAGAGGGUCAAUCUUUGGAGACGCAGAGAUUCUACAUUUAAUGGUCGAUCGAGACUUGUUCACCAUGUUGGCAAUAGACGUAGCAAUGUGUGCUGCAACGAUCUUUGGAUUCUUCUUGCAGAAAGCCAUUGCGAACGAACAUCUGACGUGGAAUGGAGCCGGCUGGAUCAUUCAAUCGAUAUGGCAGGCUUUCUUCACAGGUAUUAUCAUCUGGAUCACUUUCUGGAGAGACUGGCCUUGGACCCAUACUGUCUUCAUCGUCCUCCAUGUCUUCGUUCUACUCAUGAAGCAGCACGCCUACGCCUUCUACAACGGAUACUUGUCCUGUGUAUACAGACGCCGCAGACUACUCGAGCAAAAACGUCAACAACUCGAAAAUAUCAAAGCCCAUCCUACCCCCACAGAAGCCAGCUCAACAACAACCGGCACCGACACCCCCUCCCCCUCCCAGCUAACCCACCGCCAUCCGCUCGGUCCCAAAUACUCCACAAAUCUUUCCUCCGAACACUCUGAAAUUGCCUCCAUCGGCCAAGCCCUCUCAAGCGGCACCCCCAUCUCCCCCGAAGAAAUCCAAACCUUCCACCGCAUCCUCACCACCGAACUCACCAUCCUCGACGAAGAACUCCGCGGAAACUGCACCACCACCCAAACCACCUACCCCGCCAAUCUUACUCUCUCCAACUUCCUCGACUGGGCCUGCCUACCCACCCUACUCUACGACCUCGAAUACCCCCGCCAAGCCCACAUAAACUGGUGGUACGUGGCCGAAAAAUCCGCCGCCACCCUCGGCGUCAUCUGGACCAUGAUCAUCAUCUCACAAGCAUACAUCUACCCCGUCGUCAUCCAAACGGUGCGCCUCAAAGAAGCAGGCAUGAGCCUCGAGGACCGGUGGAAAGAAUUUCCCUGGGUGGUGCUGGACAUGCUCUUCCCCUUACUCCUCGAGCAGCUCCUCUCCUGGUACGUCAUCUGGGAAUGCCUGCUCAACGUCGUGGCCGAAAUCACACGCUUCGCCGACCGCGGCUUCUACGGUCCUUGGUGGAACUCCGUCUCCUUUGAGCACUACGCCCGCACCUGGAACAUACCCGUCUCAGCCUUUUUGCGCCGCCACGUCUACCACUCGUCCGUUAGCGCCUUUCGCCUGUCCAAGACGCAGGCCAUGUUCUUCACCUUUUUCCUGAGUGCCGUCGUCCAUGAGAUUCUCAUGUUUUGCCUGUUUAAAAAGGUGAGGGGCUAUUUGUUUACGUUUCAGCUGGCGCAGUUGCCGCUCGCGGCGUUUAGUAAGACGAGGUGCAUGAGGGGGAGGGAUACGUUGGGCAAUGUGAUUUUUUGGUUUGGCCUGUUUAUUGGGCCCAGUGUGAUUACUAGUUUGUAUCUUAUUGUUUAG